AUGCGGAUAGUAUGGCUCUUCUUUGUGGCUACAGCUGCAACCGCGGAACUCCCUUCCGAGUCAGUUACAAUUGAUCCGCAUACAGUGCUAGUGAUGUUUGGAACGCGACAUGGAAAUCGCAAUCCAGAAGUGUUCCUCAAUGAGAAUCCACGAACUUGGGGUUUUGAAGGCGAUACCGAGUUAACAUCGAUUGGCAAACGACAGGCUUUUGGCUUGGGCAAAGAAAUGCGAAAAUUCGUGGGAGACCUUGUCUCAGAAAACUAUAAUCGCUCAGAUUCAAAGUAUUUCUCAAGCUCAGCUAAUAGAUGUCAAAUGACCUUACAGGUCGCACUGGCAGGGCUUUACAAACCCGUAGGUUGGGCAGAGUGGGAUACUUCCGGCGGUUUGCCGUGGAGUCCGGUGCCGUACACUAUCGAUGAUCCCAUGCUUAGAAUGUACGCUGUAAAAGAAUGCAGGAAUAAUGAUAAAGUUUGGAAACCUAUUGAUGACGAUACCUUACCCGCACUUGCCGAGAAAAAGAAGAAUAACACUGCUUUACUGAAUUACAUUGGUCAAGAAACUCAUUGGAAUAUGUCCUCACUAGCUAGAGCCGCUGACUUUGCUGACAAUCUCAUCGAAAUUGUAAAGUUCUUGAGAUCUGAAACGGAGUUUCAUCUUGAAAACAUUGAAAGGGUGUUUCAGGAUCUUUACAACGCCUCAUACCCUAAAUGGGUAUCUCAUCCUACGCUAGAAGGUUACGACGAAGAACGACUUGUGAAAGAAGCGUUAGAAUUUGCUGAAAUCCACCAAAUAGCUUGUGCUGACUAUGAACCAUGUAGAGAUCUAAUGUCUGGAGUCUGGCUAAAGAAUAUCCUCAAUACUAUUGCUGAUGCAAGGAAUGGAACUGGUCCACACAUAGUUGGCUUUGCUUCUUCAUCCACACUGCGAAUAAAGCAAACACACCAAGACGAAUUGUUGUUUUCGGCUUUUCCAAAAAUCAUUUAG